AUGAUAAUUAAUUAACGUUAAAGGCUCAAUAUAGAGACUAUAUAUCAUACAUUAAUAGUUUUAUUUCUGUAUUCUUCCCAUAUUGCAAAGCUGUAUCUACUUAAUAAUUAUCCCGAGUGUGAAUUCUUGAACACCGAGGCCGACAGGCCGUACAUUAGUAGCAUUAGUAGCAUUAUCAUCAUUAGUCGGUCAUCAGUUGUUGCUUGUUAAAUUUCUAUUUUCAACAUGUACUUUAUGAUAUUUUAUAUAAAAGUUGUUCAAGGGUCAAGGACAUGAAUUUGUGAGGUAAAUUUAAGUUAAAAUAGUGUACAUUUAAUAAAUUAAUCAGUUAUAAAAUGGGAAACCGAUCAUCUUUAUUGCUACGCAAAGAUGAAAUUGCUCAAAUUAGAAAUGAAACUGGAUUUACUGCAAAUCAAAUAGAACGUUUAUACAGCAGAUUUACAAGUUUAGAUAGAGGAGAUUUAGGUACACUAAGUAGGGAAGAUUUAUUACGUAUACCCGAAUUAGCUAUAAAUCCUCUAGGGGAAAGAAUAGUCGAUCUUUUCCAUACAGAUUCUGGAAACAAUAAAGGUCGUAUUAAUUUUCUACAGUUUAUGCGAGUUUUAUCUAAAUUUAGACUUAUUAAACCACAUAAAGAAAAUAAACAGAAUAAUCAUAUGGAAAAAAUAAAAUUUGCAUUUGAUAUGUAUGAUGUAGACAAUGAUGGUAUGAUAUCUAAAGAUGAAUUAUUAAUUAUAUUACAUAUGAUGGUUGGAGCCAAUAUCAGUGAAGAACAAUUAUCUAUAAUAGCGGAUAAAACAAUAUCUGAAGCUGAUAUUGAUGGAGAUGGAUUAAUUUCAUUUGAAGAAUUCAGUAAAACCUUUGAGAAAUCUGAUAUUGAAAAUAAAAUGUCUAUCAGAUUCCUAAACUAGUCAAGACUGACCAAUUCAAACCAUUCCUGUGUCAUAUACUUUUUUUAUACUUAGAAAUAAUGCUUUAAGAGUGAAUCUAUAUAUUAUUUCAUAUCAAGACCAAAUAUUUAAUAUGUACUUUUUUAUCAUUAUUUUAAUUAUAAUGAAAUUUAUUGUAUGGGAUUUAAAGUAAAAUAAUAUUUUUUUAAACAUUGUAUAAAGUUUAUAAUUUCAAAUUAUACUUGGUUUAGACUUUAUUAUUUUUUAUAAAUAGAUAUUUUUAAAUACA